AUACUAGCAGACAGGAACGUCGGAUGUCGCAAUGUCGUUUUCGUGUUGUCGAUUUUUUUAAUUACAUAAAAUAUUAUCAAACGCGAUACGAUACGCCCCUAAACAAUUUCUUAUCAUUAGAAAAUCAAGAAAAAAAAAUAAGAAAAAGUUGCUGUUUAUGUGUGGUAAAAGUUUUGCCGGUUGGUUGGGUUGAUGUGGUCUGUCAAUCGUCUGUCUUUUAAGUUACAGUAGAGAAGAAAUAAUACCACAAGUAACCAAAGGAAAACUGAAAAUGUUGAAAACGAUUGCAACCACAAGAAAAAGUGAAAUUAUAGAAAACAAAAAUAAUUACAGUCAUUAAUGUAGAAAUAUCCAACAAAAAGAAAAUAUUAUUUGUGUGCGUGAAAACUUCAGUUUGUGGAUUGCCUUGAAGAAAAUCUGGCAAAGUUUUUAUGUCUCGAUGCAGUGGAAAAGAAGCUAAAAGCAGCAAGAAGUGUUCCUACGGGUUUUAUAACAUCCAUAAAAUACCUAAUUCGUGGUAGUGCGUGUGUGUUUUUGCUGUGUUCUAUAAGGGAAAUUUUCGAAAAAAUUUUCUUUUUCCUAACAGUGUCCUUAGGUGUUGUUAAAGAUGGGCGAGACAACUCCUCACACACCAGCCCCUUCACCAACCGAUGAGCAUGCGGCUGCCAUGGAAGCAGCAGCGGCCAAUGCUCAGCCCACAAAUUUCAAAGUUAUCAUCAUUGGAGCGGGCAUGGCUGGCCUGUCCGCUGCCAAUCAUCUUAUACAAAACGGCUGUGAUAGCUUUUGCUUGCUGGAGGCCCGUAACCGCAUCGGUGGAAGAAUUGUUUCCAUACCUUUGGCCCAACAGAAGGUUGAACUUGGAGCCAAUUGGAUACAUGGGGUUUUGGGCAAUCCCAUUUUUGAAAUUGCCGUACAGCAUGGCCUAGUCAGUGUUGUCAACAUACCCAAAGCACACAAAGUGGUGGCCACCACAGAGGAUGGUCAGCAGGUUCCUUUCGACAUACUGCAGGAAAUCUACGAGGCGUAUGUGUGUUUCCUACGCCGCUGUGAUGAGUAUUUCCUGUGUCAGUAUAGUCCACCGCCUGACAUCUGCAGUGUGGGCGAACACAUUAACUUUGAGAUACAAAUCUAUUUGAAUUCUGUGGAAGAUCCCAAAGAGAAGCGCUUAAAGCAAUUGAUUUUCAAUUGCCUGCUGAAGCGUGAGACCUGCAUUACGGGCUGUCAUGAUAUGAAUGAGGUAGAUCUUUUAGAAUUAGGUAGUUAUACAGAAUUGCAAGGUGGCAACAUAGUCUUGCCCGCCGGCUAUAGUUCGAUUUUACGCCCCCUGACCGCACAUAUACCCAAAGAGGCUAUCAUCACCAAAUGUCCGGUAAAGAAAAUCCAUUGGAAACGAAAAAAGACUUUAAGCGGCCUAGACACCGUCGAUGAGAAUGAUGAUGAGAAUGAUUCGGAUGACUCCGAGAAGACAGUCACAGAAUAUCCUGCUGCCAGCGGCCUUUUGGGAGCAACUGCUGCCCAUGUUAGUCGGGAAGGCACUCCCUCAUCGCGUGGCGGUUCCGUGGAACCAGAUGCUGAAUUUCCCGUACGUAUAACGUGCGAGGAUGGCCGUGUCUUCAAUGCUGAGCAUGUGAUAUGUACCAUACCCUUGGGGGUACUCAAGGAAUACCAUAAGGAACUUUUCGAUCCCGAAUUACCACAAUACAAACAGGAGUCACUGGAGCACCUGAUGUUCGGCACCGUGGAUAAGAUAUAUCUGGAAUAUGAUCGACCCUUUCUGAGUGCUGAAAUUUCGGAAGUUAUGCUGCUAUGGGAUGAUGAUAAAUACGAUAUGCAUGCCUCCGAUGAAGAACGUUGUACACCAGAGUAUUUAAGCAAACAUUGGUUUAAGAAAAUCUAUUCGUUUGCGAAGAUAUCGGACACGCUGUUGUUGGGUUGGGUAUCUGGUCAAGAGGCUGAAUAUAUGGAAACGCUGCCCACGGAAUUGGUGGCGGAAAAGUGUACAGAGAUUUUAAGAAAUUUCCUGCAAGAUCCAUAUGUGCCGAAGCCAAAGAGAUGUGUAUGCACAAGUUGGAAAUCUCAGCCUUAUACAAGGGGAUCAUAUACCUCAAUACCAGUGGGUGCUUUACAAGAAGAUAUCGAGAAUCUGGCACAACCCUUAUAUACUAGUCCUCAAGCCUUUAAACCUGUUGUCCUUUUUGCCGGCGAGCAUACCCAUUCCAAUUUCUAUUCAACUGUACAUGGUGCCUAUUUAAGUGGUCGCACAGCUGCCCAAUAUCUGGUGGGCAACGAGGAGCCUGAUGAGAUUACCUUAGAAUCUGAUGGUAGUGAUCUAAGUGCUUGGAUACAAGGAAUAGCGUUGGACUAGAGAGGAGGUAUGCUGCUGCUGCCAUUACUGCUGCUGCUGCUGCACAUAUACAAAAGAGAGAUUAAACCAACUAAAAAAGCAAAACUAAUCAUGGUAAAUGUAGCACAAAAACAAAACCACAAACAAAGAAAUACAAAAUUGGAUAUGCUGUGAAUCAAAACACCUGCAAUGUACCAGCUCUUAAGACCACGCCCCGCCUUUAAGCCCUCCUAAAUUUGUUCCUUUUCUUUUGAUUUUUGGUAUUUCCCCUUCUUUAAGGUUACUAUUUUUAGUAGUCCCUUGUUUAUAAAAAGAUUUGGUUUUUUUUUGUAAAGAAAAACAAGAAUGAGAUUCGUAAAAAUUUGAAUUUUUACCAAGCAAAAAAAGUGAAAGUAAGAAAAAAAAAACAGUUUUUCUAUAUGCAAAAAAAGAAAAAAAGGCAAUUAAAUUUUAAGCGAAUUGUAUUUGUUAAGGCUUCAACUUAAGUUAUUUAAUUAUUUACUUAAUAUUGUUUUCAUGACAUUAUCUGUCUGUCUGUCUAUCGGUUUGUAUGUAAGUUUGUAAUAUACUCAAAGCCAAGCAGAAGAAAUUGUAAAAUUAUUUUGAGAUAGCAUUAGCUUUAGCAUUGUUAACAUUUCCUUUCCCUCCGAUAAAGAAAAAAAGUCACUAAUUGUUAGUUUGAAAAUGUUGUAAGAUUUUUAGUUUUUUUGUAUUUAUAAAAAAACAAAUGUUUAAUUGU